UGCACUACUUUGAAGAUAUUCCUUUGCAUUGUAACAUAGUGUUUAAGUGUGAAUAACACUGGUAUCAGUUUAGUUUCACAGUUGGUCUACAUCUUAAACUGUUUUGCAGGCACCGUGGAAAAAUGAAAACUGUUAUACAUUUUUAAUUUCUUGUUGCCUGCCAAACCCAAUGACGACAAUCUGAAGCUUUUGAUGGUGCAAUUUCUUGUUUCUUAAACCAAUCGCAGCACGAGAUUUUCUUUUAGACGUCACUAGCAGAGAACUUUUUUCUCUCAAUGGCCUCUGGUGUCCCAUGUCAUCGUGUUGUAACCCAACGCGCGGAGUAAUUCAUCAGUAUCCUGCACGCGCCACAAGCUCUUGACCAAUCAGGCCCCAGAAUCGUGUUUAUGUUGCUCUCGUAGGCACUGAGAGUGGUUCCCAAAACGGAAGGCAGGCAAUCAAAAUGAGGAUGUGUGUAGGGGGGGCACUCGAGACUACUACUUAAGCAAUGUUCAGAGACCUCAGUCACAAACAUAAUUGCAUUCACAGCGAGAAACGUAAGCAAGACCAAAAAGAUAACUUUGUGGUUACAGGAAUUCCAACUUUACUAAUGCAUCGACAAUCUCAAAGUAAUAAAUAGCUGAAUCGUGUUUCUAAAAUUUGAACAUUCGAAAAUAUCUCUCAAUCCAUUAAUUACUGGAGUGCUUACUAUUACUCCUAGAAAAACUAACAUAAAAAUUCAGUCACCCGGUUUUGUUCUUACUUACUUUUUAAAAUGUCAACCAUCCGAGCAAAGUCAAGCUCAUUUGCUCCGCUCACUACCCGGAGUUUACUUCCAGAUAAACUGAGUACGCUUCUCAUUAAAUUCCUCCUCGUUUGCUGCUUAUGCUUCCUUGACCUUUGCCAAGCAGACAAGAAGUCCUUGCUGAGAGACAUCGACGUGUUGGCGUCUGAGCUUCCAGGCACCUACAGCAAUGUCCGACAGUACCGCCAGCACGCACAGGGACCGACCCCGCCAGGAAGACGGCCGAUCCUGCUGAGAUCCGAGCUGUACCGAAUCUCCUCCCCGCUCUUCAACGACUCGUUAACUCUGUACUUCCAAGACUUCACCCGAUUCCAAACUACGCCAUUCCGGUCCGGAUUUUACAGCUUUGUGGCUGAUACCAAAAGUAACUCAAUACGAAUGAAAACGUACAGACUUCGAAAAGGCGUGUUUCUGCCCAGGCAAGGGGUUUUAGGACGCAACGCUUCCAAGGCGAACCAGCAGCAUCUUGAUUCUUGGCAGGAUACAGACGUUAUUUCCUCGGAUCUGUUCAAAGUGUACGACAUCGACACGCAGAGCCCGCGUACACACAGUGCCUGUGAUAUGUUCUGGAAGAGGAUAGCACGCUACUCUUUUGCAGGGGUCACGGGACCAGUGUGCCUAGCCUCGCUGGGCAGGGAUAAGAUUCGUAUUGGCGUUUCCAUGACUCUAGCCAAAAACAAACUGAUGCUGACGGAAGGCUGGUACAAGGUAAAGGACGGAACUCGUAUCACCGAAGUCAAGGUCCCCUAUAUCUUGAAAAAAAUUCCCAAAAGCAAAUCGUCACAUCCCCAGGCCGCUGGACGGCUCCCCGGAAACAAAAAGAAAUCGAAAAAGGAAAUCCUCUCAAACGAAACGACAAAAAAAGAAAAGAAGAAGGAUAAGACGAAGAACAAGAAGAAGGGCAAGUCUGGAAGAAAGGGGAAUAAUAAGAGAAACCGAACGAAAUACGCGGGACGACGUAGGCUCCGAGCCCGAAGUAGGUCACAUCACAGACUCAGGAUGCCCCCUUCCGACCCCGUAAUGGUGGACAACUUUAUCCAAGUUGUGCACGCGCUCAAGUCCGGGCGUGAGCUGUCCUUUUUGGUCAACCUGUCAGCGUGCUCGCCCCAACCCCGAGAAGCGGAUAGUCGAACCCUGUUCGGAGGGAAGGUCAAGGAUUUCGUUUACGUGAGCCAAGACGGGAACGACUACAGUCGAAAAUCUUCUUAUGUCUUUUUCACCACGGAAACCUCCGUCGUUGGAAACAAUGGUGUGGAGACCAUCCGGCGAGAGUACACCCUCUACCUGAGACGACGCGUGUUUAUCCGAGUCGUCAAGUUCAGAGACGAGGAACAGCCACGGUCCCAAGUGCUGUACAUGUGUAAACUCUACAGAGCCAGGAAUGGUAAGGGUGCAGUGAAAAUGUUUUAUGACCCGGACAUCCAAGUUGUCAAAGCCACCAGCCUGGCCGCUAUGACGUCAGCCCUGGACGAAGGGCGAGCACUGCGGGUGAUCACAGACCUGGGCCAUUGUGCAGGACAGAUGACUGGGUCGCCACUAACUGUGGGAGGAAUAAUCUCUGAUUUCAAUAUGGUGAACGGCGGACGUGCGUUGGAGUUGCUAUUACCCAUCGCCAACAAGUUUGAAGGCAGCGACAACCCCCGAGGGCUUUCCGGAAGUAUUUCUAUCACUGGGGAGGUUCCGUUCGUGAGAGUGGGCGGGCCACGCCCCUCCAUGGGCAAGCAACUCUACGUGAAUUCAGCGUACACUUGUACACUGAGUAGUUCCAACGUUGUCUACCCUGAGGAUGAGAAGUUGAAACAGGCACCAGGAGUGAGAGUCUAUUAUCAUGGCUCAUAAUAUAUAUGUAUGUGUGCGUUUGUGUGUGUGUGUGUGUGUGUGUGUGUGUGUAUGUGGGUGUGUGUGUGUGUGUGUGUGUGUGUAUGUGUGUAUGUGGGUACGUAUGUGUGUAAAUAAUAUGUGCUAGUAAUUAUAUCAACUUCAACUCACUGGAGUCUAGACGUGUGAGGAAGGAAAAAUGAGAACAGAGAGAGACAGGGGGGAGGGGAGGGAGGGAGAGAGAGAGGGA